GGAAACGAUUCAUAAAAAUACAUUUAUGUGGGUAAAACGUCAAUGUGUAGGUUGUCCGUUGAGAUGAUAUCCGAUUUUAUGAAAGUUGUUGGUGUUUAUUUCGUGUUCAUCGGUGUCCUAGGAGAGGGAUGUUAUGGUCACAGCAAAAUGUCCGGUUGUCAAGAAAUUGAAUCGAAACUGAAAUUUGUGAAACUGCUUGGAAAUUGUACUUUGAUGACAAAAAAGCACACAGUGCAAUAUCCUGCAGCUUGUGUGGUGAAACUGAACGUUAGUACGUCGUCUAGAACCAUUUCUGGUGUCAAUGUUAUCAUGGAUGCAAAAGAUCUUGAAAGUUCUGGGACCAAUCCGAUCGCUGAAGUUGGACUAAUUUCGUCCUCGUAUAAUUAUAUUUCCUCUGAAGUAGUAACUGACAAUUUCAACACAAGAGAAAGUUACCCACUAACUAAUUUGGACAGUAUUUUUGUAUAUGUUCAUCAUAAUAAUAGAAGCUCUAACAAAUUUGAUGCAACAUUCAAAUAUGAUAUAUCUACUGACAAUACUGUAUUACGGUACAAGAAUUGGAUAACAAACAAUAUUACACAAAAUUGUGUGAUAUUUGAUAAAAAUGGAAAAUGGAACUCGCAAACUUGCAUCACUGAAGCUUCAAGUAUAAACCAAACGGUUAAAUGUUCAUGUGCUGCAGAGGAUGCAUCUGUUUUCGGUAUUGUGCAAACAGUAGAAAUAAUGAAUGACACUCUGACCAUUCAUGUUGUCUUGAUUAUUGGUUUAACUAUGGUGACUGUGAGCGGCUGUUUGCUAUUCACUGCUAUAAUACUACUAUUUUUCUUUCGGAAUCAACUGAAAACACAUCGUGUAAUAAUUCAGCUUGGAAUUGCCGGAUCGUUACUCGGAAGAGGGAUGCUACCUUUACUAGAGGAAAUUUCAAAAAAUAUAAAUCCAUUCAUACCAGAGCUGUGUGAGGUAGUGGCAGUUUUGAGAAUAUAUUUUGAUUUAACUGCUGCAUGCUGGACACUAAACGAAGGAGUAAUUUUAUUCAUUAAAGUUGGUCUUGCCGGAUUCGUGGAUUACAAUGUUGUAGUGUCAACAAAGCGAAUGAUUGGGCUAGCCAUCUUUACUUGGAUGGCGCCAGCACUUUUGGUUGGCAUAUGGUCUUCGUCUGAAAUAUUAUCUGGAACGUUUAUGGGCAUUGACAUUUUAUAUGAAGAUCUCAAAAACAAAAACACACAUUUAUCAAAAAUGAACAGUACCGAGUUUCACUCAUUGCAUAAUCAUCGAAAGUAUCGUAAUUGUUGGCCAUCUCAGCAUAGUGAAACGUAUCUGAUAACUUCUGUGCCAUUGAUUAUUACUGUAGUUGCAAACCUUAUUAUUGGAGGAUAUAUAAUUUGGAUAAUGUGGAGAGUUGCAGUAACUGAUGCCAAAUCACAGCCAACGAAAGGCGAUGGAAGUCGCAGAAGCUCGGCAACACUAUCGGCGAAAGCUGUCGUUUUGGUUACAUGGUCGCUUGGGGCGCCAUAUCUCGUAACUUUAUUACUGGCAAAGCACAGUGAAUUUGAACCUGUUGCCAUAAUGGCUCGAGCGAUUUUGUUGAUUACGCAAGGUCCUCUUAUUUUCUUCUUUUAUUGCGUAAAAAAUACUGAAUUGAGAAAAGCCAUUAACGUCUGGAAAAAUCGUAAUAAAUUGAAGAGAGACUUAAACGCAGGAUCGUGAAUAAAAUUUAUAUGCAGUGCUAUAUCCAACCUUACAAGAGCUGUUUUAACAAAAAAAAAUCCUGUUGAUAAUUUCAGAGCUAAUAUACAAUUUUGUUAAAUUUGACAGUUUUGAAUAUACUGUUAUGGUGAUAUAAAAUUAAUGCUAUAAUUUGCCGUUAUUCAAUUGAUUAUUAGGUAAAACAUAUUCGUGAGAUUUCAGCAAAAUUGUUUGUUGUUGCCUGUCAUCAAUGUCCAAUUAAUAGUCUUUUGUGUAUCUGUCCAUAUUUAGUAUUAUUUCCCAAGUCAGAUUCUCAAUUAAUGUGAUUGCCCAUGUGGAUUGCUAUGAACACCAAGAUUUAAGAACGUCAUCGUCGAAUCUUAUUUGUGUUUAAAUUUUACAAAACCGUGGCAUGAAAGUUAUGCAUUACAAAACUGGGCUGUAAGAUUUCGUAUCAAUUCCGUGUAUCGCAAGAAUAAAUACUAGUCGGCAUAUGUACCAGUUAAACAAUAGAAGUUAGCUAUAAUGUUUGCUGAUACACCACCAGCAUAAGCUACCAAUAAUAUGGCUUUUUGGCUCAAUUGGCUUUAACUUGUAUAUAACGUCUAAAUUUGUUCCUAAUAUAUAAUUAUUGCCAUCUGAAAAAUAUAUUUUUUUUGAUUUUGUUAAUUAUAAAAAAAAUACGAUCAUUUUGCAUAUUU